AAACAAUGUCUUACCUGGUUUGAAGAUCUAAGGAGCUUUCUGUUUGCAUAAGGCAUAAAAGAAAAUGGAAGAAGAUGAGACUUUACAAAGUGAAACAGAGAGGGCAAAAGUUGAAACACGUGCUACUCCUGAGAUUGGUCGGCAGAUAUCAGUUAGUGAGUUCCUUUGCCACUGCUGUUAUGACAUUCUGGUCAAUCCCACCACCCUGAACUGUGGGCAUAGUUUCUGUAGACAUUGCCUGGCCUUGUGGUGGGUGUCAUCCAAGAAGAAUGAAUGCCCCGAAUGCAGAGAAAAAUGGGAAGGAUUCCCCAAAGUCAACAUCCUCCUCAGGGAUGUUAUUGAAAAGCUAUUUUCUGAUGUCGUUGAACAAAGAAAAGAAGAUAUUCAACAAAACAGUGAUGUAGCACGCAGCUUAGCAACCUUUCAAAAAUAUGGGACUGACCAGAUCCCUACAGUUCCGAACACAGGAAGAAUUAAUCCUCGAGGAGGAGGGUUUUUCUCGGGCGUUCUGACAGCUUUAACUUGUGUAGCAGUAGUUCUACUUGGGUAUCACUGGAGUAGCAGAGAAUUUGAAGAAGAUCAUCUUGUCCACAAGCCUGUUGCUAAAUGGACUGCCGAGGAAGUGAUCCUUUGGCUAGAGCAGCUGGGACCAUGGGCUUCACAUUAUAAAGAAGGAUUUUUGCUGGAAAAAGUGAAUGGAAGACUCCUCCUAACACUGACAGAGGAGGAUUUCACAAAAGAGCCUUACAGUAUAGAGAACAGUAACCAUAGAAAAGCUAUUAUGGCGGAACUGGAAUGUGUGAAAACUUUAGGUGUUAAACCACCACAGAACCUUUGGGAAUAUAAGGCAGUAAAUCCAGGAAAAUCACUCUUUCUUCUGUAUGCACUGAAGAGUUCUCCAAGACUCAGUAUGUUAUACCUAUAUUUGUUUGAUUAUGCAGAAGCUUUCCUACCUUUCAUCCACACAAUUUGCCCUACACAAGAAGACAAGUAUGAAGAUAUUGUCACAAAACUACUAGACCUUAAAGAUCCUACUUGGAAACAAUGGAGAGAAUUCAUUUUAAAGUAUUUAUUUUUGCCAUACCAGUUGAUAGCUGAAUUUGCUUGGGAUUGGCUGGACAUGCACUACUGGACAUCAAGAUUUAUAAUUGUAAAUGCCAUGUUGCUUUCUGUUCUGGAAUUAUUCUCCUUUUGGAGGCUCUGGUCAAGAAGAGAAUUGAAGACUGUUCCUCAUAGAAUGUGGAGACAUUUCUGGAAAGUCUCAACCCAGGGUCUUUUUGUUGCCAUUUUUUGGCCUUUUAUUCCUCAGUUUGUCUGCAAUUGUUUGUUUUACUGGGCCUUGUACUUUAACCCAAUUAUAAACAUUGAUCUAGUGGUUAAAGAAAUAAGGCGUCUGGAGACACAAGUGCAGUGACUGGCAUUGGAACUUUUGAGCUGUUUGGCUUCUAAAAAUGGACAUUUGAAAUAAGCUUUGCUUUUCAUCUUUAUAUAUGUGGCAAUGAAAGUGGUGGAUUAUGUUAACUUAAGUAUACAAAAAAGCCUUAAGGUAAGUUACUCUUAAACCAGCUGAUUCCAAAUCUGAGGAUGGGUUUUAUUAUCCCAAGGGAAUUUCCUAUUAGAAAAAAUUACAUUCCUGAUUUAGC